CCAAGAUGACAUCGAGUGGAUUGGUUGUUCCUAUUGUGUUGUGGGGAAAGACUGCCCCUACUCACUGUAUAUCGGCCAUAUUGGUGACCAGCGACCAGCAGACUAUUAUAACGGGAUGUCAUGAUGGCCAGGUUAUCUUGUGGGACCUCAAUGAUAACAUGAAGGUGGUCCCAAGAAACAUGCUUUUUGGGCACUCCUCUUCUAUCACAUGUCUGGCAAGAGCUAAUGAAAACUGGGAAUCUGCCAACUUUGUCAGUGCUGCUGAAAAUGGUGAAAUUUUCCUGUGGGAUGUUUCUGAUGGUAGAUGUAUAGAACAAACCAAGGUCCCAGGAGUUCAUCUCACAAUGCAUCCAUACCAAGUAACCCAAGGUUCAAGCCGGGAAUGGCGUAUCAUCUGCCAGGGAUACUAUCCAGAUAUCCAUGUUCUCGAUGCUGGUAGUUUAGAGCUUCUCUACACCCUCUCAUCGAAGGUAGCCCCUGAUUGGAUCUCUGCUCUGUGUGUCACUCGCCCCCUCAAACGACAAGAAGAUGUUGUUAUCGGAAUUUCUACAUCCGGAAUGCUGAAGGUUUGGAACCUGACUGGUAAUGAUAAGCAGGACAGUGAACCAAAGCAUGAAGAGGAAUGUAAGCAGCUACGAUGCCGGAAUGCCAAAUCUUUAGCUGUGUGUGCUUUCACUCUCAGAACAGUACUGGUUGUGUGUAGUAAACAGUGGCAGAUUUGUGAUGCUGGUGAUUUCUCCCAGCUGUGUGUCCAGUACUGUGAGAAGGGUCAGCAUUGGUCUGGAGGUGACUUCAUCGCUGCUGACCGGGUGCUGGUGUGGAGCAACCAAGGCAAAGGAUACCUCUAUCAGUUGCCAUCCAACUGUAUCCCAGAGAGUGAAGAUUUCAGAAGUAACAUUGGUCAGAACCAGAAUGUUCCAAGUGCUAAACCAUUCCUAUAUUGCAUACUUGAAGCACCCAUGGAAAAGCCACUUUCUUGCUCUCCUGCCAUGACAUUCUUCUACGGUCGACGAGGCCCAUUCUACAAGCUGUUUGCCUGUGGGGAUUCCUCAGGAAGGGUCACUGUGUGGAAGGUACCAGAGGUAUCCGACAAGGAGCUCAGCUACCUCAAGCAAGAAGAGUUUGAUACGUUGCCAGUCAUGCCCCCAACAGCUAGCAACAGCCUCAAAUCUACAUGGGAUUCAUGCAGUCCCAAACCUAGUGGUAUCAUAGACCAAUUGAAUGUAUCUAAUGAUGGUACACAUGAGAAAAAGCUUGUGGUCACAUCCAGCGUGUACAUCCCAAGUCAGGGAUGGAUUGUAUGCGGAAGACAGGAUGGUAGCAUUGCAAUCGUUCCUGCCGUACAGACUGCCAUCGCACAGCUACUUGAAGGUCCUCAUACUGCCCGGAGAGGAUGGCCACCCCAUCGAAUCUUGCGAGGUCACCAAGGCAAGGUGACCUGUCUAAUGUACCCUCACCAAGAGAAUAGCCGCUACGACCCCUCCUACCUGGUCUCUGGUGGGGUAGACUUCACCAUCUCUCUCUGGGAUAUCUUUGCUGGUAGCAUGUUGCAUACGUUCUGUGUCCAUGGAGGGGAACUUACCAGGAUUGUUAUCCCACCUGCUUCAUGCAAUGCUCGAGUCCUGACAUGCGUGUGUACCGUUGCCAGCGAUCAUUCAGUAGCUCUUUUGAGCUUACGAGAUAGGAAGUGUAUGCUUCUGGCCAGUCGACAUCUGUUCCCUAUCAGGCACAUCAAGUGGCGACCGGCAGAAGACUUCCUCAUCGUUGGUCUGGAGGACAACAGUGUAUUUGUCUGGCAGAUGGAGACAGGUCACCUGGACAGAGUAGCUGAAGGUAGUACUGCUGAAGACAUGCUUGAGGCUUGUGAUGCUGUAGGAGAGACAACAGAGAUGAUGCUGACUCCAGCACAGAGCAUUGCCCAAGCUUUCCGUCGUCGCUCCCUGACAGCCAUCAGGAACGCAGCCCACCGUACCCUCCUAGCUGCUGCACAGGGUUCCAUGCUCAAUGUUCCCAGUGGAGGUGACAUAGCCGACAAGGAUCCGAACCAUGCCCUGACCAUCCAGGCCAUCAAGUCUAACGUCAAAGACCCUGACUUCCAUGUUCUGUUCUUUGAUGCCGAGAACCUCAUUGUCCAGCUCUUAACAGACAAGAACCUGAUCCCAGGUAUCAUCAACAAGGGUGCACAGGGAGAGAUGGCAAAGAUGGCUGCCCAGGCUGCAAAGGCAGGAUCAGGACAGUCACCGAAGCUGUCACAGAAGUUUGUUGGUUUCAUCUCAGAGCAGAUCAAGAAGCAAAUGGGGGACAGUGACUCAGAUUCAGAUGAGCUGGGUCCGUUGCGUCCUCCGAGGGCAUCACAGUCCAAGGUUGGGGCUAAACGCAGGGGACCCAAACACCUGACCCUAGACUCUAAACACCUCACAUUAGACAUUGCACAACUCUUCAUGUCUUGCCUACAUGCUUGGGGCUUGGACCCAACCUUAGAUGAGAUCUGCAAAGAUAAGUUGGGUUUACUUAAGCCGUUCUGUCCCGUCUCUUUCGGUCUCCUGUCUCAUGGUGCCCACAUGUCCCUCAUGCUACCUGGAUGGCAUCACUUGAUGUCACAGGAAGUCACUCCAGCUCACUCACCAGAUCCUAGUACAAUGUCUGCCAAGGAAGCCUUGGAGCUCAAGAAGAGAAGCCAGCAGGAGUUACAAUCUCUGGCCAAUGAGACACCCAAACCUGGUUACCUAGGCCACUGGGAAUUAUCUCGAGCAGUUACUACACAACAUCUUCUCUCUGUCAUCUCUGUGGCUAACACCCUGAUGGGUAUGAACAAUGCAAGCUUUGUCAUGCUUUCCCACCUACGCAAAGCAAAGCCAAAGAGAUCUUCAAGCAAGGGAAAAGAUUUAACAGAUAAUGGAUCUGAUGAUCUUGCAGACCUCACUCCAGAACAAGCACAAAUCAAACAAGGAUGGAGCCUUCUCGCUGCCCUUCACUGUGUCUUGCUACCUGACCUUCUAGGAAGUGUUCAUUACAAGCCACCAUACUUAGAGAUGCUAGCAAGGAGAUGGCAAGACAGGUGUCUGGAGGUAAGAGCGGCCAGUCAAGCAUUGCUUCUUGCAGAGCUUCAGCGAAUCGGUACUGAUGGGAGAGAGGAGGUGAUCAACCAAUGGGCACCUCAUCUCCCCCAUUACGUGGACUCAUCGGUCAGCUUGACCGCCCCUGCACAGAGUGGUCAGAGUCCACUAGCUGGAGGUGCUCUGGCCCGUGAUGGUCACUUGGAUGCAGGGAGUAGUGAAAGCUCAGAGGUGGAGAAUGAAGAGGAAAUCUUGUGUGGUGAUUCUCCAAUAAGGAAGGUCUCAUCAUCGUUCGAGUCCCGAAGGAAGCAAGCUACAGCCAUUGUUAUGCUUGGUGUGAUCGGAGCUCAAUUUGGUGCAGAGAUCCAGCCCAGUCGACAGAGGGCACCGAGUAAUACUAGCAACCGUCCUAUCCAACAGGGCUUCGGUUUGAGUGACUACUCAUUGGCAAGACAUACAGCUCAAGCUCUUGCCUUCCUGCUCCUUCAACCACCCAGUGCAAGACUCCCUGCCCAUACGCCUAUCCGAAGGGCAGGGAUUGACCUGAUGGGAAGGGGAUUUACUGUCUGGGAACCCUUCAUUGAUGUGUCUGCAGUCCUUCUUGGAUUGCUAGAGUUGUGUUGUGACCCUACCCUAUAUUCUGCAUGUAUUUACAGUGGUCUCCCCAUCACCCCAGCUGCGGACUCCUGCCGUAGCGCCCACCACGCCCUGUCUCUGAUCGCCACCGCCCGCCCAGCAACCUUCAUCACCACCAUGGCUAAGGAGGUGGCCCGUCACCAGGCAUUGGCUUCCAAUGCCCAGGUGCCAGCCAGCGUGCUCAACACCAGCCCGCUGCAGAAAGCCAAGGCUGAGAUCCUGCGCAUCGUAGAGCUCCUCAUCGAGAAGAUGCAGAAUGACGUCUCAGAUCUACUGGUAGAGGUUGUGGAUAUUGUGGUGUUCUCGCUGGACACAAGUCAGGUGAAGUCGAAGGGGUUGAUGGAGGUGUUCCCGUCCAUCUGCCGCUUCAACAUGCUGAGCUACUGUCACAGCAGCAAGAGGCUAGCAGUGGGUGCCAAGACCGGAGCCAUUACCAUGCAUGACCUCAAGAGUGGCAAGACACAGGUAUUAUCUGGUCACCAGACCGCUGUGACUGCCCUAGCCUUCUCAACCGAUGGCAAGCACCUGGCAUCCUAUUCAUUUGGUGAUACAAAGCUCUGUUUCUGGCAGUCUGGGGCAUCUCUGCUAGGAGGGAUGAUAAGUUCAUCAACAAAGUGUGUUAAGUGCUACAUGACCAAACCAUUUAACUGUACAUCUACAGCAAAUCAACUAAGACAGGUCUCUGUUACCUGGCCACAUAGCAAAGCCAUUAUUCUGAGGUAUAUAGAUGGCACCAUGGACAAAUUCACUCUGUAAAAUCAUAACAUUCAUCAACAAAGUGCUACAUGACCGAACACAUCAAUUGUACAUCUACAGCUAACCAACUAUGACAGGUCUCUUUUACAUUCCACAUACUGUAGAAUGAGGUACAUUGAUGGCACCAUUGAUAAAUUCACAUUCUGAAAUCAUAACGUUCAAUAACAAAGUGUCAGUUGCUACAAAUUGUUCAUCAACCGCCAGUCAACUACAUA